AUGAAAAGCCUGUCCCAGCUCCCACCACCACCACCCCAGCUAGGGUUGCUCCCUUUUAACCUCGCGCCGCCACCCCCUUCAUCUCUAGACGCCCAUCUCCUCCACCAUCCGCCGCCGCCGCCGAAGGAGACGGAGGAGAAGAGGAUCCGGCCGUCUCCUCGCCCCCAUGGUACCGUACCCAUUCCGUCCUCGUGCUCCCAUUCCCAUCUUCUCACCUUCCUCCUCCUCGUCCCGCCUGUGACAUGUGACGCUAACUCGCGCGGCGUCCCGCAGGCGUCCGAGAAGAAGCAGUCGAACCCGAUGCGGGAGAUCAAGGUGCAGAAGCUCGUCCUCAACAUCUCCGUCGGAGAGAGCGGCGACCGCCUCACCCGCGCCGCCAAGGUGCUCGAGCAGCUCAGCGGCCAGACCCCCGUCUUCUCCAAGGCGAGGUACACGGUGCGGUCGUUCGGCAUCCGGCGUAACGAGAAGAUCGCCUGCUACGUCACUGUCAGGGGCGAGAAGGCCAUGCAGCUGCUUGAGAGCGGCCUCAAGGUCAAGGAGUACGAGCUGCUCAGGAGGAACUUCAGCGACACCGGGUGCUUCGGAUUCGGCAUCCAGGAGCACAUCGACCUUGGUAUCAAGUAUGAUCCAUCAACAGGCAUCUAUGGAAUGGACUUCUACGUCGUGCUCGAGCGUGCUGGCUACCGUGUUGCGCGCCGCAGGAGGUGCAAGUCCCGUGUCGGGAUUCAGCACAGGGUGACCAAGGAGGACUCCAUGAAGUGGUUCCAGGUCAAGUAUGAAGGUGUCAUCCUCAACAAGGCUCAGGCCAACACGUCGUAA